AUGGGAUCCCAAGAUGGUCUGGCCCGAGGCUGCAGGGUCCAGCAACCGUGUGCCGCUUGCAGAAUGCUCCGCCGGAAAUGUGAAAGGAAUUGCUUGCUUGCGCCAUACUUUCCCUGUGAUGAAAUGGACAAGUUUGCUGGCGUGCAUAAAGUGUUUGGUGCAAGCAAUGUUAUCAAAAUGAUUCAGAUGGUGGAUGAGACAUGCAGGGAUGAUGCUGUUAAAGCAAUAGUCUACGAAGCAAUGGCAAGGCUGAGAGACCCUGUUUAUGGCAGUGUUGGACCCAUUUUUCAUUUGCAAAAGAUGGUUGAGGAACUCAAAGCGCAGCUUGAAUCCAUUAGAGCUCAAAUUUUAGAGUCGCAGCAACAAAGAGACCAGAUGCUGGGCAUUCUUAUGAACGUUCAUCACGCCGAUCUCCUCUCUUCCAUUGAUAAUCCAGUUUUUGAUGUUGAUGGUUUCGCCUUAGGCGCUGAUGAUCAUAGCAAUAUGGGAUUUGAUCCAGUUGUAUUUCCGCCAGGAUUUGACUGGGAUUUGUGAGGAGAAUAUUAAUAAAUGUUUAAAGCAAUAUUCUCCAGGCCAGGGCCGGACAGAUAUGGUUUGUUUAUACAGUUAGGAUAAAGGUGGAUGAAAUAAUGUAUCAGAAAAUUAUAGGUCAAACAAACAUAUUAUAAAGAUAUAUAUAGUCUUUAGGUUAAAAAAGGA